CGCAUUUUAAGUUAAAAUAAAAGGUUUGAACUGAUUUCUUUUAUUAAGGAAUAAUCAUCAGUGUGGUCAUUAAUGUCGUCAGUAAUGUGUUGGUUAAACUGGAAGAGCUUGAAUAUGGAAAGUCAUGCUAAUGUGCUGCCGACUUAAAGCCAUUUGUGGUAUAAGUAAGGCGCAUUUCAAUACUCAGGGCAUCAAUAUUUGCAACAAAAACAGAAGAACGUGAAAAACACAAGCAGAUAUGUCUUCAUUAAUGCGGUUUAUUCUGAUUUUUUCAGGGUUCUCCACACUUUCCUGCAAACAAACUUCUCUAAAAUGCCAGCAUGGCUGGUCACAGGUUGGAUCACGCUGCUUCAGGAUCUUUGAAACUGCAACAAGUUGGGAUGAUGCAGAGCAAAAUUGUGUGAUUAUGGGAGGCCAUCUUGCAUCUGUGCACAACAAAGCAGAGUACAUUUUCAUCCAGGCUUUAGUCCAAAAUGCCCUUAAUUCGAAUGCACAAACAUGGUUAGGUGCCAGUGAUAUACAGCAGGAAGGCGUUUGGAAGUGGACCGAUGGGUCAGCAUUCAACUACACAAACUGGGCUGGAGGACAACCUGAUAAUAAAAAUAAAAUGGAGAACUGUUUAAUGAUGAAUUAUCAAGCUUGUUGGAAUGACGGAGGCUGCAUGUGCCUGAGACCAUCAGCAUGUGCUAAGGCAGCCAUUCCGGCUAAGACCUUUUCAGUGAUAAAAUUGAAAAUAGCAUCAAAGACAAACCUCCUGGAAUCUGACAUUGAAGCCCUUGUCCAGCAGGUCAAACAGCGCCUGAUAGACAGUGGAAUGCCAGCCAGUGCUACACUUCGCUUGCAAAGCAUUUACAAGAAUCCUUGUAAAUGUUGAAAUAUUAUUAGAGCUUGAAAUUCAUAAUAAGGAAUAAGACAAUAACAACAGACUCAUGUGAUAAACAGUAUAGCCAAAAGUUUGUGGAAACCUAGCUAUAACCCCCAUGUAUGCUUGUUUGCUCUUAUAAUAACUUUCACUCUUUUGGGAUUCCGUUCAUUUUGGCGUGUGGCAUUGGGGAUUUAUUCGGUCAGCCAAAAGAGCAUUAAUAUGGUCAGGUCCUGUUGGGACAGGAGGCCUGGGGCUCAAUCAAUUCAUCCCAAAUGUGUACAGAGGUGCUGAGCUUAGAGCUCUGUGCUGAACAUUCGGUUUCUUACACUCCUGCAAACCAUGUCUUCAUGGCGUUCACUUUAUGUAGCGGGACAUCGUUAUCUUGACACCGGUUUGUUCCUCUUAUUUACAGUAAAGGAAAACUGUAAGUAUACAGCAUAAAAAAGUCAUUGUUGUUUGCCUAUAACUUUGUAGCAACAGUUCUGGGAUGAUCACACAUAUGGGUGUGUUGGUCAGGUCUCCACAAACCUUUUGACAUGUUGUAUAAGAAAUUCAUUCUGAAAUAAAUUAAAUAAAAUGAAAACACCUAAACGUACUUUUUUCUCUUUUGUAACUACCUGCAAAUGACUCCUGGGCACAUCUCAGGAAGAUUAAGCCUUGCCAUAUAUAUAAUGAUUGUUAAAACGUUUUGCCUAAUAAUGUUUUGAUACAUUAUUUCAGAAUGAAUUAAAUCCAAUAUCAGUUGUAAAUACCAUGAUAGUAGACCCUGUCUCUAUUACUUCAUAGAUAGGACUAGGGACCUAUGAAUUUCAUACACACACAGAAAUAUCAUUAAUCUGUGUUUGAAAAUUGUUCCAAUACAAUAAACCUUUCUUCUCUUUCUUUUUUUGUA